GCGCGUCGCUCCUCUUGUUCUUCUCAUUAGUAUUAUUCUAAGGAGGCUGUGCGCGCAGGCUGCAUCACCUCAGCAAUAACACAAGGAGAGCCAGAAGAAGGAGCAAAAGAGGAGGAGGAGGGGGAGGAGGAGGAGGAGGAGGAGAGGAAGGGGUGUCAGAGUAUUCCGAAGUAGCGCUCAGAAAUAAAAACAGCAGAAGACUGUUUGGAAGGCGUCUGUGGCGGGAAGCGAUCUGCGACUGAGAGAUGGCUGAGGUGUCACAAGAGGAGAGACUCCAGGCCAUCGCUGAGAAAAGGAAGAAGCAGACAGAGAUUGAAAACAAGAGGAGGCAGUUGGAUGAUGACCGGCGGCAACUGCAGCAUCUUAAGUCAAAGGCACUGAGGGAGCGCUGGUUGUUAGAUGGAGCUCCAGAGGAGGAGGAGACCCAGAAGCGCCUGCAGGAGGACGAGGUGAAGACCAAACUCCUGGAGCAAGUCAUCCUCAGGCUGGAGCAGGAGAUCGAAGAACUUGAGACAGGCGUGCCAGCUAAUAAGGGUGUGGCCAAAGAAAAUGGAGGUGAGAACGGAGUAGUGCAGACCUCUGGUCAAACCCCCAAGAGAGAGGUGGCAGGGAUUGAGGCCAAGCUGUUGGGCCCCAGUCCUGACCAAGCAAGUGCAGACAACCCCGUCACCCUGGUGUUCAUGGGAUACAAGACGGUGGAGGAGGAGGCGGAGACCCGCACAGCCCUGGGAAUGGAAGGGGUCGAUGGCAACGUCAAGGCAGAGUUUGUCGUCAUCGAGGACGGCGAAGGCAAAGUGGCGGGAGAGGCGGCGACAGAAGAGCAGGCUCCACCCAACGGAAGCAUGGCCGAAAAAGAAAAGGCCAACGGAGGGGAGGAAGGAGAGAAGGAGAAAGAGAAGAAACAGACCUGCAAAUGUUGCACGGUCAUGUGAGAUGGGAAUAUGUGUAUGUGUGAACGUGUACACACCUGUCAUGUGUGCAAGUGCAUGUGUCUGUAACUGCAGAUGUGUGUAACUGUGUGUGUGUGUGUGUGUGUGUGUGUGUGUGUGUGUGUGUGUGUGUGUGUGUCAGGACUGGAAAAAAACUAAAACCGGAAUUACAGUUACACAGCCAAUACACCACAGGGGGCUGAUAUAAGCUCUAGCUACGUCAACAAGAACCACAAAGACUCAUAAGUACACUUUCCUCUGUAUACUUUCUCUGAUAUGUAUUUGACUUUUGAUUUCUAUUGAUAUUUUUCUAUUUUUCUGUCUUGACAUUUAUAUUGUAUUCAGUAUGUAUAUCUUUAUUAUGGGACUGUGUACUGUAAGUUCAUCGUUAUUAUCAUUGGAAAAGAAAAAAGAAUAUGUAUUAGCUCUCUGGAUUGUACUGCUAGCCACUGGGGAAAAUCUGGAAUCUUUCAAUCAUUGUACUUAAGUCAAAACAACAAAAUAUGAAGGACACAGAUACUUAUAUAUGUGUAUAUAUAUAUAUAU